CCCCGCUAUGUUCGCUGUCACCUCAGCUGUGAAGGGUCUAGUGCCAUUCACUGCGCCACAAUCCAGGUCAAAUCGUGCAAGCUCACCAGGACCGUCUUACAGCCUCCACACGCUCGGACCUGGGUGCGCGAAUGAAUCAAUGAAUGGCGGAAAGUGGUCGGGUGACCGCCUCCGGCAAGCGACAGUGAUGUGCGAAGAUAUCAACCAGCCUGGCCUUACGUUGGCUGCGCCUCCCACCUCUCUCAAGGCGCCCAUGUUUCGACACUUUCUACCCCAGCGACGCAAGGUCUCUGCCGACGAUAUACCCUUCGACGAUGCGCUGCAUGGGCUCGUGCCCUCGCAGGUUACUGGACACCAGGUCAAGCGAGCGCAGGCCCAUUCCAUCAGUCCGUUCACCAAGCGGAGAUACACGCCACGCUACAAGGAGCUCCUCUCGAGUCGCAGCUCGCUCCCGGCCAACGCACAGGCGGAUGAGUUCCUCCGAUCCUUCAACCAGCGCAAGGUGACCCUCGUAACAGGCGCUGUUGGCGCUGGCAAGACGACACAGAUCCCACAACUGAUCAUCUACGCGGACAUGCCACACAAGAAGGGCAAGGCCGUCGCUUGCGUACAACCCCGGAAAAUCAUGGCUGCUAUCCAAGCCCAUCGAGUGGCUCAGGAAUUGGAAGUCCCCGUCGGCGAACACGUGGGAUAUGCGACCGUCUCCGAGAACAGGACGACGCGCCAGACGAUGCUGGUCUACCUCACCGACGAGGCGCUCGUGCGGGAGAUGCUCUCUGAUCGCUACCUCUCGAAAUACUCGGUCAUCAUCCUGGACGACGUGCAUGAGCGCUCGCUAUACUCGGAUAUCCUCAUCUGUCUGCUCCGAGAUGUGAUUCGGAAGCAGUCAGAUCUGAAGCUCGUGCUGAUGUCUGCGCUGGACGAUGUGUCCCUCUUCGAAGACUACUUUGGCGUCAGAGGGCACGUACGACUGACGGGCGUCGAAUACACUGUCAGCACGCACUACGCACGGGAACCAAGUACCGCCCUUAUCGACGACGCUCUCGGGCUCGUCACGGAUAUCCAUCUGACGCAGGAGGCUGGAGACAUACUUCUAUUUCUUACCGAGGACGAAGAAAUACAGCACAUCUGCAAACUCAUCCACGAGACAGUCGAGCCCGGUCUUCCUCCCCUUACUGCCAUUCCCGUGCACGAGCACAUGCGACCUGCAGAUAUCCAGGCCAAAGUAUACGCUACGCUUCACGGGCCUCCCCAACGUCGAGUCUUCGUCUGCAACGACCUGGCCAAAUCUGCGUUGUUUAUCCCGAGUAUCGCCUUUGUCAUCGACCCAGGAUUCUCCAAGCGACAGAUAUACGACCCUGCGCUGCGAGCGAGCACCUCUCGCUUGAUACCUACGGACAAGGAGUCGGGAUCUCUGCGCAAGCACGCCGCUGGCCACCUCCGCCCUGGCAAGUGUUUCCGACUGCUCAGUCGGGAGGACUACCACGAAAACUCGGAAGACGAGAUUUUGCCGGAGAUUUUGACCGCCGACCUGACCUCCGCCGUAUUGCACCUCAUUGGCCUCGGGGUCAAGAACGUUCUCACCUUCAGCUACCUAGACCCACCACCUCCGGGCGUGCUGGAGGGUGCGAUAGACCUCCUGACGCAUCUGAAGGCCCUUGACAGCGCUGGGAGACUGACACGCCUGGGAGAGACUAUGGCUAAGCUACCGGUCGCGCCACAGCUGGCGAAGGCCUUGAUGGCAGCGCCAAAAUGCUGCUGCUACCGCGAAAUGCUGAAAAUCUCUGCCAUGCUGCACGUCCAAUACCGCCAGGAAAUAUUCCGCCGCCCACCUGACCUCGAGGAGGAGGCCGAAAUGGCGCACAAGCUCCUGUCCACCUCGCCCACCAGCGACCACAUGACAUUACUCAACAUCUACAACACGUACUCCCGAAUCAAAGACCGGCACGGCCGCAGCUGGACGGACAAGAUGUUCCUCUCGCAGGCGGCAUUGGAAGAAGCGGUGCUGAUGCGCGACGUGCUGGAGAAGACGAUGCUUCGCAUCGAUCCCUCGCUGGCUUCGCCCACGGAGGCGCCGACGGCGGCGCACUUGCAGCGCGGCAUUGCCCGGAGUCUCGUGUACGGGUUCUUCACGCAGGUCGCGCACAGGGAGGGCGACACGUAUAUGACGUUCCAGAAUGAUGUGCCGGCGACGCUGCAUGUCGACAGCGGGCUGGAGGCGACGCCGGACUGGGUGGUGUACGACCAGCUGGUCCUUUCUCCGGAUCCCACGUUGCGUACGGUUACUGCUAUUGACCCAGGAUGGCUAUUCGAACUCGCUCCCGAAUACUUCAACCUCCGCUACCUGCCAGAGACACACUCCAAGUACGCGCUGGGCGCGACCCUGCAACCUGGACUCCUGUCAAGGGUGCAACAUGAGGCAGAUGUCAAGGCGGUGACCGAGCGGUUCGAGUACUUUACUGUACAUGAUCAUCAUACCUGACGCUAUCUUGUCUCGAAAUUUCCUCUUCUACUUCCUGCUUCCUUGGAUAUAUACUACGCCAGACUAUGGAAUACGCUCGCUUGUAUGCUUAUACCGCCUUAUAGAUACCAAAUCUCAGUCAUGUAUCGCUAUCGAGAGAUCGUCCUAUGAGACAUUGUCGCUGCUUCUACCUACCUCUGUUAUUCUAUCCGAGUACGUAGACCUACCGUUUUUUCCAAUAAGGGACUCUAUUCUAUAUACCAUGCCUUGUCUGACAGGAAAGCGAGUACUUCUGAAUUCUGACCGUGAGGUAAUAACGCAGGCC